AUGCUUGGAGAUAUUUAUUUAUAUCUAUCUAUCUAUCUGUCUGUCUGUUUCUUUCUUUAUUCAUAUCUAUCUAUUUCUUUUUUUGUUCAUAUCUAUCUAUCUAUUUCUUUCUUUAUUCAUAUCUAUCUAUCUAUCUAUCUAUCUAUCUAUCUCUUUCUUUGUUCAUAUCUAUCUAUCUAUCUAUCUAUCUAUCUAUCUAUCUAUCUAUCUGUUUCUUUCUUUAUUCAUAUCUAUCUAUCUAUCUAUCUAUCUAUCUCUUUCUUUGUCCAUAUCUAUCUAUCUAUCUAUCUAUCUCUCUAUCUAUCUAUCUAUCUCUUUCUUUGUCCAUAUCUAUCUAUCUAUCUAUCUAUCUAUCUAUCUAUCUAUCUAUCUGUUUCUUUCUUUAUUCAUAUCUAUCUAUCUAUCUAUCUAUCUAUCUAUCUAUCUAUCUAUCUAUUUCUUUCUUUGUCCAUAUCCAUCUAUGUAUCUAUCUAUCUCCGUUUAUUCAGUAUAUAUCUUAGUCGGCUUCUAUCUAUCUAUCUAUCUAUCUAUCCAUCCAUCUAUCUAUCUAUCUAUCUAUCUAUCUGUUUCUUCCUUUGUUCAUAUCUAUCUCAUUUUAUUCAGUAUAUAUCUAUCUUAGUCGGCUUCUAUUUAUGUAUCUCUUUCUCUUUCUCUCUCUCUCUCUCUCUCUCUCUUUCUUUAUCUAUCUAUCUAUCUAUCUAUCUAUCUAUCUAUCUAUCUAUCUAUCUAUCUAUGUAUCUGUUCUUUCUUCCAGUCCCCCUCCCUAGCCCCACCCUUACAAUCCAACAACGUUUAUUCCUGACCGCAUUUGGCUAUCAUUAA